AACCGACCCCGACCCCCCGUGCGGUCACCGACUCACGGCUUCACCUCCCCACCACCCCACCUCGCCUUCCCCCUUCCUGCAUCCAUCCGGGCCGCCUCCUUCCCCCACAGGCCCCAGGUCCGGCCCUGUGCGCGCGGCGCUGCUUCCUGUGCCCCGGCUUUGGAGAGCGGGCCAGAUCUGCAUCAGCCGCCGGCAACCAGCGACCUCGCCCCCUUGCGCCACCCUCACCUCUCGCCGGCCGCCGCGCGAGCCCCGGCGCCAUCUCCACGCAGAAAUGGCGGAUGCGUGUUUCUCUACGCAGCUCAUCGAUGGAGAUGGGGUCUUCAAUGUCACCGGAUUGGAGAACUUCAUGAAGGAAGUUAGAUUGGGUGAAUGCGGGCUCUCAUAUGCUGUUGUAUCAAUAAUGGGCCCGCAAAGUAGUGGGAAGAGUACGCUUUUGAAUCAUCUUUUUCGCACCAAUUUUAGGGAGAUGGAUGCUUUCAAAGGAAGGUCACAGACUACCAAAGGUAUAUGGUUGGCGAAGGCCCAAAACAUUGAACCAUGCACCCUUGUAAUGGACUUGGAAGGAACUGAUGGAAGAGAGAGGGGGGAGGAUGACACAGCCUUUGAGAAGCAAAGUGCUCUGUUUGCUUUGGCUGUUUCGGACAUUGUGUUGAUCAAUAUGUGGUGCCAUGACAUUGGCAGAGAACAGGCUGCAAACAAGCCACUUCUGAAGACAGUAUUCCAGGUCAUGAUGAGGUUGUUUAGUCCUCGGAAAACGACAUUGUUAUUCGUUAUUCGUGACAAAUCACGGACACCCCUAGAAAAUCUUGAACCAAUUUUAAGGGAAGAUAUUCAGAAGAUAUGGGAUGCUGUUCCUAAACCCCAUGCCCACAAAGAAACUCCUCUUAGUGAAUUUUUCAAUGUACAAGUUGUGGGGCUAUCCAGUUAUGAAGAAAAAGAGGAGUUAUUCAAAGAGCAGGUUUCUGAUUUAAGAGAUAGGUUUCAGCAUUCUAUUGCUCCUGGUGGACUUGCUGGAGAUCGGCGUGGUGUUGUCCCAGCUUCAGGUUUUUCAUUUAGUUCACAGCAAUUUUGGAAAGUCAUUAAGGAGAACAAAGACCUUGACCUGCCUGCUCAUAAAGUUAUGGUGGCUACUGUACGUUGCGAGGAAAUUGGUAAUGAGAAAGUUGCCAGUUUUAUAGCCGAUGAGGAAUGGCAACAAUUUGAGGAGGCUGUUCAACAUGACUACUAUCCUGGGUUUGGGAAGAAGAUCAGCAGCCUUCUUGAUAGAUGUUUAUCAGAGUAUGACAUGGAGGCUAUUUACUUUGAUGAAGGUGUCAGGAGCUCGAAAAGACAACAACUUGAGUCUAAACUAUUGCAGCUUGUCAAUCCUGCCUAUCAAUCUCUUAUGGGUCACUUGCGGACUAGAACUUUAGAAGCAUUUAAGGAGUCCUUUGACAAGGCCCUAGAAAAGGAGGGAUUUGCUGCUGCAGCUCGUGAUUGUACUCAGACUGUCUUGGAGAAGUUUGAUAAAGCAUCUGAAGAUGCUGCUAUUCAACAAGUGAAUUGGGAUACCUCAAAAGUGAAGGAUAAGCUUAAACGUGACAUUGAGGCACAUGUAGCUUCAGUUCGAACUACUAAAUUAUCUGAAGUUUGUGCCAAAUAUGAGGCACAACUUACCAAAGCUCUUGCAGAACCAGUCGAAGCUCUUCUAGAUUCGGCCAGUGAAGAUACCUGGCCAGCUAUUAGAAAGCUUCUUCAACGCGAGACAAAAGCUGCUGUUCUAGGUCUUGAAUCUGCUGUGUCAUCUUUUGAACUCGAUGAAGCAACUGAGAAAGAACUGCUUGCGAAGCUGGAGAAGCAUGGAAAGAGUGUAGUUGAAUCAAAGGCAAAAGAAGAAGCUGGGAGGGUCUUGAUUCGCAUGAAGGACAGGUUCUCAACACUGUUCAGCCGAGAUGCUGACUCUAUGCCCAGGGUGUGGACAGGAAAGGAGGACAUAAAAGCUAUUACUAAAACUGCUCGUUCAGCUUCCAUGAAGUUGCUUUCUACAAUGGCUGCAAUUCGGUUGGAGGAGGAUGGUGACAACAUUGAAAACACCCUCUCCCUUGCUCUUGUUGACGCUUCAAGGCCUGGGACUACAGAUAGGAGUAUCCAAUCAUCUGAUCCACUUGCCUCCAGCUCAUGGGAAACGGUUCCCGAGGAGAAGACUUUAAUCACCCCUGUGCAGUGCAAAAAUUUGUGGAGGCAAUUCAAAGCUGAAACUGAAUAUACUGUCACUCAAGCCAUAUCUGCUCAGGAAGCAAAUAAGAGGAACAACAACUGGCUGCCACCUCCAUGGGCACUUGCUGCAAUGGCUAUCCUUGGAUUCAACGAGUUUAUGACAUUACUGAGGAAUCCACUUUACCUGCUUGUCAUAUUUGUGGUUUAUCUUGUUGGAAAAGCUAUUUGGGUGCAGUCAGAAAUUGGCAGAGAAUUCCAACACGGAUUUCUUCCUGCCAUCCUUUCACUGUCAACAAAAUUUGUUCCCACUAUAAUGAACAUCCUGAAGAGAUUAGCAGAUGAGGGUCAAAGACCAGCAGGCCCAGAGAGGCAAAGAGAGAUGGAACUCCAACCAAAAUCCACAAGGAAUGGUUCAUACAGCAACGCGACCUCGGCAGGGUCAUCCAGCGUAACCACUUCAGAGAUCGGACCUGAAUAUUCAAGCCCUGUGGCGCAAUGAUCUAGCGGAUCUUUAGCUUUUGGCCGAAAACCAACCCUAGUAGUUGAGGCUGCAAAAUGGCUCCGAGCCUAGAGAUGUGGCUGAGCCUAGGAGAUUGAGGUGCCUUGCGGUUUUUGUAAGCUUGCCCUUCCCAAACACAGAUGCACGGUGAUGAGGUGGCCUUGGUCACCGCGGUUAUUGAAGACUUCUUUUUGGGGUUGGGGGUUGUUUGUAAGAACACUGUAGAAUAACUUUCAUUUCAUUUUUUGGAUUCUGUAACAUGAUAUAUGAUGGUUGUAUAGAAGAUUUUCCAGUCAGGCCAGGGGAAACACAGCAGUGCAUUCUACACAAUAUAGUUGGCUGCAUAGUUGUGAAGCAUUGUAAAUGUCUUGAAACUGCCAUCCGAUUGCCUUGUGUCACUAGUUCUGAAAUAAAACAGACUGUGUUGCGUUUUCUUGA